AUGGAUAGAAGUGGAUUAAAUGAUUCUGUAUUACUUCCUAAAACUAGGUUUUCAUUAUCGUCUUUAAGAAAGGGAGGUUUGCUAAAUGAGUCUAGGCGCCAAACAAAAUCCAGUAUAUCUGGUAAAUCUAUUCAGUCUAAUCAAGUUAUUCAUAGAUCAAAUCUUCAUGUUGUCGAAACUUUUGGUAUGACACUCCCAGUUUUGGUUAGAGAAGCUUUAACUUUUUCAGACAGAAAUGCUGCAGUUAGUGUUCGUGUAUCUAAUAGUGGUUGGGCUUGGUUCGUUUGUGGAAGGCGUUUAUUGAUUUGGCAAUGCAAAGUUGAUGAAUCCUUACAUGAGGAUGGAAGAAGAAGAUUUUUUAACAAUCAAUGUAGAGAACUAACAUUGCCCUCAAGUGAUUUAGCAUAUAAAGCUGAAUUAGUUGUUGUGUAUACUGCUCCAGAAAAUCAAGUUCCAUCUUGCAUUGCAGUAUCACCAGAAGGAAUUAUUAGGUAUUGGCCAAGUAUUACUCACGAAGGCUCUUCUGUAGAGGUCAACGCUGAGUUGCAGGGCCAAGAAUGUGACUCUCUUACAGAUAUAAAUCCAAUAGGUUGUGUUUUAGCAACAACAACUGCCACAGUCAUUUUGGUUCAGCCCCAAAUGAGUUCAGGUCGCUUUAGUAUUCUUUUCAGACCUUUUAAAUUAUCUCAAGGAUGGCUGAAAGGCAUUGGUCGUUUAAUACCAUCAUUAUUAUUUGGCUCCAUGCAAUCUUGCCAUAUAAUGGAAACUGUAAAUAUCUUUUCAGUUAAAAACUUAGGACAUGAACAUUGCGAAUGGCUACUCUAUAUAUUAGCUGGCCACACACUACAAAAAUGGAUUUUAGUCGAAGGAGAAUUAGAAAGGCUUGUAUUUGAGUGUGAUAUUAAUCAGUUAGCUACAGAUGCUUUUCAAAAAACUAUAUGGGAACCUUUCGGAGGAAAUUCUAAUGAAAUUCAAGUUUGGCUUUUAGAUAUGCAUCCUACUGAGGGAGGUGUUACCGUUCUUUUGGGUGGCACAAAUCCACAAAUUUCUCCACAAUUUUAUUACGCCUUAGGUACACUUUUAACAAAUUCCCUUGUUCAACCUUCAAAAUUCGAUCGUUUUUGCCCGUUAAAAAAUACAAGUUUUUACAGAGAAUCUGAUGAACAAGAACUUUUGAGUUAUAAAUUUCUCGUAACCGGAGGAACUGCUUUUCUUUACAAGCCCAAAAGUAUUUUAGCCGUGUCAGCUGUAAACUUUGGCGAAGAGGCCGAUAAUAUAGAUUUCAUUGGACAAAACGAUCAAAUUUUAGGGGGAGCUUUGUGUAAAGGAAUUCCAGUAUUUUUUUCAGUCGUGCACGGAUUGGUUUCCGUAUUACCAUCAGAAUCUUCUCGUCUUGAAUUCAGCAACAUGAGCAUCAGCGAUAUAGCAUCAGCAGAUCCUUCAACGUCUGUUUUGGGUGAACAAAUGAACAUUGCAAUAACCGAUUUCGAAUUGGAAGAUUUAUCUAUGAGUAAAGAUGGCGUCGUUCAAUUGAAAGCUGCGUUCUUGUAUUUUAUCAGAAGAAAUACAGAAACGGCAGAAAGUAUUGUAAAUUCUUUAUUUCCUUACGAGGAAGAGCCAGCGAAUGAAAUCGAUGCUCAUUUGGACACGGUCGUGACUAAAGUUGCUUUGGAUAUAAUUAACGACAUACCUUCCGGGGAUCCGAGAUGGGCACCCAUCAGAUCAUCCGAAAUAACACUCGGAAGUUCUUCGUCUCUUCAAAUUUUAAAUCAAUUGGAAGAUAAGCAGCGUGCCUUGGAAUGGUUUUUCUCCUUUUUAAAAGAAGUCAAAAUAUGGGAAAGGUUAUCGGCAGUAAGUCUUCGUGAAACGAUAACGGCUACAACUCACGUCUUGGCGGAAUACGCAGAAAAAAUAAUUAGUGCCAUUGCGUUGAAAAAUUUAUUUUCAAAUCACAGUUCGUUGAUUGAACAGUGUAUCAAACAUGUCGUCGGCGAUGAAAAACUCGUUCACGGUUUGACUCAUCAAGAUUUAUUUUUUCGCGAAGUAUCUCGCAGCGUGGAAGGUUUACAAUUUUUCAGUCUUUGGUGUGACAAUGUGGCACACAGUACUCGAAGACCCCAAGAAAUAGCCAUCGCAUUGAGAGAAGCAAACACGAUUUUUUUGAGCGUGUUGUUGGAAGUACUUCAGUGGCGAAAACAAAAGCUUGAAUAUUUCACUCCGAAAAAUCCAUUUCUCCCGAAAUCUUGCGAAUAUUUACCCUGGACUUCGGCUCCUGGAAGCGAAGGAUUGAGAGAAAGUUUAACACUUUUGCACGAGCUGACGUUUAAGUGUGGCGCUCGAGCUACAGGCGAGAUAGAAUUAAGGAAUUGCUUGUACGAACAGUUGGUGAGCUUGACGGAUAUUUUAUUGGAUGGACGAAGAAGUCACGUGAACAGUGUCAAAGGAGGUGCGAAAUUCGAAACUUUGCACCAUCAAUACGAAACUAGUCGUUCGGAAUUAAUCAAACCGUUUUUGGAAGAUGGUCAAUACGAACAAGCAGCCGUUUUGGCAGAGAAAUAUCACGAUUUUCACACUUUAAUACAGAUAUGUGAAAAAACUAAUAACAUGGAUCGAUUGGAUAGUUACUGCGAAAAAUUUUCCGAAGAGAAUUUUUCGCAAUAUUUAUUCAAUUGGUACAUAAAAGAAAGGAAACCUGGGAGAUUAUUGCAACAGUUUCGCAUGAGGUCGAAACCGUUAAAGCAAAAGAAAGAGCUGUCGCAUUUUCUCAACGAUCAUCCGUCUUUGCAAUGGUUGCAAUGCAUUUUUGCAGGACAGUACAAACAAGCGAGCAGCACUCUGCAUCAGUUGGCAAAAGAAGAAGCUGAAUCGCUCACGCGUAAAAAGACCAUGCUGUCGCUUGCAAAAUUAGCUCUUUUAGCAUCGGAGGAAGACGAAGUCGCUUCGGAAGAAAAACUGAUGGAAUUCGAUUCAGAGUUGGAAUUGGUGUCUCAUCAAGAAGACCUUCCCACGAGCGUAUUGAACACUUACGGAUACGACAUAACAAAAUUGGGAGUUUUGACACCCGCGGAAUUGAUAAAAUUGUACAUCUGCGAGGAAAAUGAAAACGUCACGGAAGUCGAUUUUAAAAAAGCAAUCGAUCUUUUGGAAUACAUUGAAGAUGAUCUCGAAAGAAACGAAUUGAGACAUGCCAUUUGGUGCAACGCCAUACUCAGAGAUAAUUGGAAAGACGUGGAUCCAGAUUCGUCGAUAGAAAACAUAUUGAAUUUAUUUUUCUUCAAAUUGGUGGAUAUCGUCGAAUUCAUGGGCAAAAUUAUUUUAGGCGGAGAAGAAUUUUUACCAUCCAUCGAAUCUCUACUAGAAGCACAAGAAUUGAACGAAAUGAAAAACGAUCGUCAUUUUCAAUAUUUGAUAAGAGUGGGUUACGAACAUUUUCAAAAGGCUUCGGGUUGCAACGAUCAGUACAAUCAUCUGACGACGUAA